ACACGUCGGGCCCCCAGAGGGUAUAUAAGGGCGGCUGCUGCCCGCACGCCCUCAGUCCGGCCAGGACUGUGACCUUGAAGCACCUGGGUUAAGAGGGAGCACCCACGUGAAAGCGCACCGCUGCCUCCCCAGUCCCCAGCUCGCGCCUCCGCAGGGGUGGGUGGACGUGGGACCCGGGAGCGGCUCUCACUGUGUGUCGCCCACCAACACCUUCCUCCCCCACCACCAGCCCAGCCCCAGUACCAUCCAGACCACUUGGGCAAGACAACCCGGGUGCGAAGGACAAGCGAUUAGACGGAAGAGCUAGAACGCGGAGAGAAGAGAGGGUCCUCCGGGAAGGGCGGCGCCAUCCCAGUGCCAGGCACGCGGCGCUGCAGUGACACAGGUUGAGGACGCUCUUCGCGCGGUCCGAUCUGGCCACAUUCGAAGACAGCUUCGAGGACGCUCCCGUUUAAACUUCGGGGAGCUCCCUGAAUCAUGACGCAGACCCUCUUCCAAAAGGAGGACCCCCUCAAUCUGGGCGGCGGCUGGUCAUCCUGCCGUCGAAGGCGCAGAGGCGCCCCGAUUUUCAAGCGACGCUACAGCUAUGGCCCCAAGCCGGGCUACAAGCCCCCCAGGAAAAAGGCCAAGCAACCGCCAGGCCCGGGCCCCUGGUUCCAGCCACUGCGUCGGCCCUGCUGGUACCCUAACUGGGGAUGCUGCGGGGGGCCCUGGCGCCCACCCCCGGCGGGAUUCCGGAAGCCGCCCUGCCCGCUGGAACUGAUGCGGGUGUACGGGCUGCAUCCGCUCUGCCCGUGCUGCUGCUCUUGCUGGUGCGCGCCCUGGCGGGCUUCCGGGGACGACGCGCCCCCCAGCGACGGCGAGGAAAACUCGGCGCUGCCGGAGACGUUUUACGGUCUGCUGCAGGAUCCCUCGCUAGUCUUGAGUCCUGCACCUCCUGCACCGGUGCAGGAAAGAGAAUCCCCUGCCCCGCAGCUGCUGGAGGGAGAAGAAGAAAUAAAGGAGGAGGAGAGGCAGGAGGAAAGCCUGGGGGAGUGCAAGGCGGAGGAGGAGUAUGAAGAGGAGGAGUCGGAUGGCGAGGAGGAGGAGGAGAGCGAAGAGUUGGAGGCCGAGGCAGAGGAAGAGGAGGAGGCAGGGACAGAGGAUGAAGAUGGAGAGGAGGAGGAGGAAGUGAAAGAGGGCGAGUGUGAGGAAGAAGGGAACCAGCAGGAAGAGAAGGCGGUGGAAGAUCCAGGGCCGGAGGGAGAGCAGAGAGGCGAGGAAAAUCACUUCCCUCUGGAAAUGCCUUUGUCAUUCUUAGUAGGGGCUGAAGAAGAAGAAGACGAAGAAGGAAAGGACUUUAUGAGCUAUACUUAUUUAAGCCUAGACCAGAUGAUUCCAGAUGUUCCACAAGAAACUCUCUUCAUGAUACCAGACAUGGACCAUUAGAAUCUUCGAGGGAGUUCAGGAAACGGAGUUGGUCUGAGAGUGAAAUGGACUACAGGCUUAUUAAAAUCUCGUUUAAAGUGAGUUCCGCUAAUAAACAUGUCCAUAUGCACCCCUUCUUUGGCCACUAUAAAAUAUUUAAACGGUGUGUUGUGUAUGAGUGUGGGCGGGGGCAGAGGAGCUCUCCAAUAUUAUUUUACUGGAAAUGA